AGGAGGAGCCGGGGAGUCGCUUGUGGAGUGGAGACGAAAUGGAGAGUACACGGAGGUUGAUCGAAAUUUUAAGGAACCAUGAGAAGAUAGGAACAGUCCAGACUAGAGAACGACAUUUACUCCAAACUCUGCAUAAGGAGUAAUACAUUCAAACUAUCUUUUUUACAAGUCUGGCCAGCGUGGACGUUAUUUUGUCGGCUUGGUUGCACAAACGCAAGUCGUUAAGCAGGAGAAAAGGUAUCACUCAGUAUGAGUCGAGGUGGAUGGGGCAAGAAGAGAGCCAACGAUGACAACGGGUGGGCUAGCAGCGGGGGCUACAUGGCUGCCAAGGUGUCCAAACUGGAGGAGCAGUUCAAGACGGACGCCCCCAGAGGGAAACAAAAGGACGGGGCCUGCUCCGCCAUCUUCAACGGGGUAGCCAUCUACGUCAACGGUUACACAGAUCCCAGUGUGGACGAGCUGCGUCGACUGAUGAUGCUCCACGGGGGGCAGUUCCACCUGUACUACUCCCGCUCCAAGACCACCCACAUCAUCGCCACCAACCUGCCCAACAACAAGAUCCAGGAGCUCAGAGGGGAGAAGGUGGUCCGGCCAGAGUGGAUCACUGACAGCAUCAAGGCCGGCCACCUCCUCUCCUACCUGCAGUACCAGCUCUACGCCAAGCAGAAAGGCCUUAGCUUUCCCAGCGUGUGUGUGCGCCAGCCCCCAGACACGGCAGCUGGACCCAGCCUGGGCCAGCCUCUCCCCAGCCUCCACGGCCCCGUCUCCAGGCAUGAUCAGCCCCAGCCCGGCCUCCUCCCCAACCACGUCCCCCUACACCCAGGAAACUACCAUUCUCUUCUGCACCUUUACCCUCAACCCUACCCUGUUCACAACUCCCCCCUUGCUGAUCUCCUAAACCCCCACUUCUCUCCCAACCUCCCCAGCCCCCAGUCUAACCUCCCCGGCCAGGGGCCCGGCCUCUAUAGCCGUUUCCCCAACCCCGUCCCUGUCCCCUCCGACCCAGACCCACCAUCCCAUCCCCACGGCCCAGGGCAGCCUCUGUCUGGUUGGGUACGCUCACCCCUUCCCCACACCCCCCCCAAGGCCAGCCGUCAUUCGGCCCAUCCCAGCCACGAGCACUCGUCAUCGGACCGCUCUCCCCUGGAACCCAACCUGUCCUCAAGCCACAUCCAGCACAGCUACCACAAACUCAGCUUACGAUUGAACGGAUCACUACAAAGCUCCCACAAUGCUCUGUGGCCCAAGGUGAACGGGGUGCAACAGGGGGCAGACGAGGACCCCCCCUGUCCUGACAGACCCCCCAAGGGGGUGAAGGAACCUCUGCCCCCCCUGACCAACGGACACGUCCACCCUGUAAACGGUGCCUUAAAGCCCCUGGACCUGUCACCCACCCCAGCCCGCCCCCUCUCUCACAAGCCUGCUUCUGAACGGGGCUCGGACCGGUUCCAGCCCCCGGGCACGCGCCCCAGUCCUGGCAGGGGGUCUCCUGGUGUGUCUGUUUUCCCCCGGCCCUCCAGCCCCCCACCGCACCCCCUCGCCAACCCCCCCAUGCAUCCUCACAGCCCCCCCGGACAACCCCCCCCACCUCUUCCUGUAGUUCACCACUCCAGAGGAGGCAACCCCCAACCAGCCAAUGAGCAGAGACUCAAACCCCCACCGCCCACCUAUGAGGAGGCCAUAGCCGCAUCAGAGUCCCGCCCUCGCCAAGCCUGCCAAUCCCAGCCUCAGAACGCCCGUCAAUCAGUGUCAAAUCUCAAUAAGACAAGUCCCGGCCCCUCUCCUGUGCGUAUGAAUGGCUGUCACCACAAUGCCUUCCCCUCUAACCCUGCCCCUCCGGAGGGCCGGGACCAAUCAGUGAAAGCCCCUAGACAGGUGGGCGGGGCGGGAGGCGGGAUCAUCGCAGAGUUCUACUCCCACUCUCGCCUGCACCACAUCUCCACGUGGAGGACGGAGUUCUCGGAGUACGUGAACGCUCUGCAGUGCCGACGCAGAGCAGCAGGGGGAGCCACCUUCCCAGGGAAGGAGCGUCUGAAGAAGAGCUCCGCACACAGGCCAGACACAGCACCUAGUGUCAAGUCCUGUAUUCUCCAUGUGGAUAUGGACUGUUUCUUUGUGUCUGUGGGGAUCAGACACCGGCCAGAUCUUAAAGGGAAGCCUGUGGCGGUCACCAGUAACCGGGGGAGUGGCCAGGUGGCCCAUAGGGCAGGAACUGACCCCCAGCUGGAGCAGAAGUACUACCAAAGGAAAUACACACACCCCCAACCAGGUAGUCUAGAUGAGGACAUGGAGACCAGCCCAGAGCCCAACGGCCCUGUUUCCCAUGGCAACGGGCUGGACCUGGAGCUUUCCAGGGCAGAGAUCGCCUCCUGCAGCUACGAGGCCAGGCAGGCGGGGGUGAAGAAUGGGAUGUAUUUUGGCCAGGCCAAGCAGCUGUGCCCCUCGCUGCAGUCUGUCCCGUAUGACUUCCAGUCCUACAAGGAAGUGGCUCUGGUCAUGUAUGAAACCCUGGCCAGUUACACCCACGACAUCGAGGCCCUGAGCUGUGACGAGGCGCUGGUGGACGCCUCGUCCCUGCUGGCGGAGCUGGGCGUCACCCCAGACGAGCUGGCCAGCGCCGUGAGAGCCGACGUCAGGGACCGCACCGGGUGCUGCGCCUCGGUCGGCAUGGCCUCCAACAUCCUGCUGGCUCGGAUGGCGAUCCGCAAGGCCAAGCCAGACGGGCAGUACUUCCUGCGGUCGGAGGAAGUGGACGACUUCAUCAGGGAGAAAUCUGUCACCAGCCUGCCAGGCGUGGGGCGGUCGAUGGGUGUCAAGCUGGCGUCUCUGGGGGUGAAGACGUGUGGCGACCUGCAGCAGGUGUCCCUGACGCGGCUGCAGAAGGAGUUCGGCCCGCGUACCGGACAGACGCUGUACCGGUUCUGCCGAGGCCUGGACGAGCGGCCGGUACGCAGUGAGAAGGAGAGGAAGUCCGUCUCAGCAGAGAUGAACUACAACAUCCGCUUCACCCAGGUGGAGGAGGCCGAGCUGUUCCUGACCAACCUGUCCAUGGAAGUCGAGCGCCGUCUCCAGGAGGCGGGGCUAAGGGGUCGGAGGGUGACCCUGAAGGUCAUGGUGCGGAGGCCGGGGGCGCCGGUGGAGCCAGCGAAGUACGGUGGUCACGGUAUCUGUGACAACCUGGCCAGGUCAGUGACCAUGGCCCAGCCCACAGACAGCGGUCAGGUAAUAGCCAGUGAAAUCAUCAAGUUGUUCCACACCAUGAAGCUGGAGGUGCAGGAGAUGAGGGGGGUGGGCCUCCAGGUGCAGCUCCUCGAGGGGGCCCACUCUGCAGGCCAGGACCCCGCUGGCUCCAGAACCCGCUCCAUCAAGGACAUGUUCACGGCUCAGAGAGCCCCUGCAGCAAAACCCAACAACACAGAACUCCAUAAUGUUUCAACCGCAGACCCAACCUCCAAUCAGACGACGGCUUCUUCUCCCAGAGCCCCGCCCCCGUGUCCCUCCCCUCCCCGCCUCCCCACUCCCGUUGAGCCGUUCCCAGGGACGAGCAAAGGGGAGCCGCCUCCACAAACCCAAAACCACGCCCACGGCCGCCUCAACCUCAGCAUUGAGGUGCCCUCGCCGUCACAGGUGGACCACUCGGUGCUGGCGGCCCUGCCGGCUGAGCUGAGGGAGCAGGUGGAGGAGUCCUGGACCCACCGAGACAGGAGGGGCCCCCGUGACCAGCCCCCUGCACCCCCACCACCCUCCUCCCCACCCCUGCCUCCCUCCUCUCCCCCCCGCGCCCCUCCUGUUGGCACCCUGGUUCUGCAAAUCCCCAACCAGCCUGGCUCCACGGGUAUUAUCCUGGAGCUGCCAGACUUCUCCCAGGUUGACCCGGACGUGUUUGCCGCCCUCCCCAAAGAGCUCCAGGAAGAGCUCCGCUCAGCAUACAGCCGCAGGGAGAACGCCUCGCCCCAGGGCAUUGUUGUGGAGCAGAGGAACCCUCUGUUGCAGCUGAAACAGACGGGGCCGGCGGGCUCCGUGGGGCGGGUGAAACGCCGCUACAAGAGAAAGAACGCUGGAAGCCCUGCAAAGAAAGGCCACUCCCCUUUGAAGAGGCCCCGCCCAGAAAACAGCCCAGUGAAAGGUCUACCGCACCGGUCUAGGGACCUGCCCAAUGGACAUAAGACAGACAACGCACCCUCCACCUCCUCCCUGAAAGAGGCUGUUCAGGAGCCACUGUCCAAGUUCACCCCCCGCCCCUCCCCUGCCCUGGCAGGGGCCUGCGCCUUCACAGACAUUAGGACCCUCCUCCGAGAGUGGGUCACCUCCAUCUCAGAACCCAUGGAAGAGGACAUUCUGCAGGUGGUCAAGUACUGCACUGACCUCAUAGAAGACAAGGACCUGGAGAAGCUGGACCUGGUCAUCAAAUACAUGAAGAGGUUAAUGCAGCAGUCAGAGGAGUCUGUGUGGGGCAUGGCCUUUGACUUCAUCCUGGACAACGUGCAGGUGGUGGUGCAGCAGACCUACGGCAGCAUGCUGAAGGUCACCUAGGAGAGGAGGGAAGAGGAGGGGGAGCGAAGGAGAAAGCCAGAAAAACCACACCUCCUUCUCGGAUGUCAUUUCCAGAAAUCGAUUAAGCUAAGCGGAGAGAGACACUUAACCUCAACACUUCCACCCCCCCCCCAACUGUUCUCUUCUAGAUCCUCAGUGUGUGUUCUGUUUUUCAUUAGUCCUUCUCUCAAUAUCCACCCUGACAUGUCAGCCUGUCUGCAAACUGUCAUGGCUGCUAAGCGGAGACAAAAACACUACAUCCUGGGUUGUAUUGGCUUUGUUUUGGUUUUUCAAAAAUCUUAACAAUUUUGUACAUUUUCUUUAGCUAAAAAGUGCCAAACAUUGUUGUUAAGGCAUAUAAGUGAAGUUUUCAAAGCUUCAUCUACUUCAAAAGUUUUGUUCAUGAACAAAAGCUUGUUUGUGUAAAGACGAGUUUAUUUGUUUUCUAUUGUUGUAUUUACGGACUGUUUGUUUGCCGAUGUUCGUUAUCAUUUCCUGGAUACGAGACUCAUGGUUGUCAAGCCUAUGGUCAAAGUUCUGUCGAGCCCUUAUCAUGCAAGGUUAGAAGAGAGGGUACAACUUGGUGCGGGAUGAGAAAGCUGGUGAAGUGAUCUCCACAAGCCAGAAAAAGAUUUGUACUUAACCACUGUGUAUAUCAUGGUUGUAUUUGGAGUACUGGUGUAAUGAAUGUAGUUCUAAAGAGAAACAGGACAUCCCCCAUUUUGAGUUUUGUAAACAGGUUUCACUCAUGUGAGCCAUCUAUGUUGUGGUUUCUAACUGUAUUAGCUUGCUUUUCCCCUCACCUCCAAUGUCUCUUGUAAAGGGAAAGUUGAGGGGUGUGGUUUUGGUCAGUCUACAUUUCUAUCACUGCUGACCUGUGCCUGAAGACCUGAAGCUGUGACAUCAUUUGUAUGUUUUCUAAAAACUUGAUAAUAAACUGAACUCUGCUAGAAACAUUUA